CAGACGAGACACUUUUACGCGCAGCCCGCUCAGAGGAGGAGGACGCACCGUGGCUCCGCUCCCUCUUCCCCCUCGCAUCGCUCUCUGCUUGUUGCUGCGCCGCUCGUUAUCAUCUCGGGCUCUUUUCUCUUUCUCUUUCUUUUUUUCUUUUUUUUCUUCCCCCCCCCCUCCUCCCCCCCCCCCGGUUUGUUUGUCGUCCUCUCCUCGGCGACAUGGGCUCCGUGCUACCCGCCGACGCGCUGGCUCUCAAGUCUGGAUUUAAGUGUCCGGGCCGCUCGCUGUCGGACGUGAUCACCUCGGACAUCCUGCACAGCUUCCUGUACGGCAGGUGGAGGAACGUGCUGGGCGAGCACCUGGCGGAGGAGCGGCACGGCAGCAGCGGCUGCAGCCCCAAGACCGCGUUCACCGCCGAGGUGCUGGCGCAGUCCUUCGCCGGAGAGGUGCAGAAGCUGUCCAGCCUGGUGCUGCCCAGCGAGGUGGUCAUCGCGCAGAGCUCGAUCCCCGGAGAAGGUCUGGGCAUCUUCUCGAAGACCUGGAUCAAGGCGGGCACCGAGAUGGGACCGUUCACGGGGAGGGUCCUGUCCCCCGAGCACGUCGACCUGCUCAAGAACAACAACCUCAUGUGGGAGGUGUUCAACGAGGACGGCACGGUGCGUUAUUUCAUCGACGCCAGUCAGGAGGAUCAGCGCAGCUGGAUGACCUACAUCAAGUGCGCCAGGAACGAGCAGGAGCAGAACCUCGAAGUGGUGCAGAUCGGCAGCAGCAUCUUCUACAAAGCCGUGGAGACAAUCCCACCGGACCAGGAGCUGCUCGUCUGGUAUGGAAACACACACAACACAUUCCUGGGAAUCCCUGGAGUUCCCGGAGUAGAUGAGGAGCACCUGAAGAAAAGCAGGACUGAUGACUCCCACUUGUGUGAAGGCCCUUCCUCAUGCUCCCCCUCUUCUUCCACCUCCUCCUCCUCCUCCUCCUCUGCCGCCUCCAUCACCACCACUGCGGGUCGCAUGCGCUGCGUCAUCUGCCACCGUGGGUUCAACUCGCGCAGCAACCUGCGCUCCCACAUGCGCAUCCACACCCUGGACAAGCCCUUCGUGUGCCGCUUCUGCAACCGCCGCUUCAGUCAGUCGUCCACACUGCGCAACCACGUCCGCCUGCACACCGGCGAGCGGCCCUACAAGUGCCACGUGUGCCAGAGCGCCUACUCGCAGCUGGCUGGCCUGAGGGCACACCAGAAGAGCGCGCGGCACAAGCCGGCGGCACAAGCCGCCGACGUGCCCCCCCAAGUGUCCCCACCCCCACCGCAGAUCACCGCCAUGCCGCACCACCAGCACCACCACCACCAGAUGCCCCUGGUGCACCACAUCCCCACCAUGGUGCUAUGAUGACAGACACAGCGCGGACAGUCACGCAGAACACCAUUGCACUUUAGGGUUAGAGCCGUUGCGGAGAAGUGAAGGGAAGCUCCGCACGAGACAGGCCUUUAUUAAGGAAUUACAUGAGUUCAUGUGAUAGUGAAGCAUCAUACAGAGACAUUUAUAUUUUAAUGCUUACCUGUAUGUGUGAUCAUGUGAUCAAAGAUUCCGACAGAAAGAUAUUUUACUGUUUGUAUCUUGGAAAAUGAAAUAUGUCCAGAUUUUACAUAUAAUGACUCAUCAGUGUGUAAAUCUAAACUGAACAUGUGUCAAAUAUCACCACAAAUGUGAGACAGAUAUUUUCUGCAUUUUUUGUUUUGCAUCACAUCCUCACCAGCUCAGGUGAACUGUACCUGCAGUCAGAGUUUUGUGCAGUCGGUCCAGACGAAGGCACGUUUUCCACCGGCGUUGCAUCGUUUCAGCUGCAUUUGUUCCACACUGUAAACUGACAUUGUCACUUUAAACCCUUUGUACAGAACUGUCUAUACUUUGGAGAACAUGCGUAAUUGUAAAAUUGUAUUGUAAGUAUGCCACUGUACAUGUGAAUGUAAAUACAUUUGUGCUUUCUUCUAUUCUAAAUAAAUGCUAUGACGUGACAUUA